AGGCUGUCGCGAUUCAGCAUCGGCAUCUGUGCCGCAGUUGCCGCCGGGCUCCCUCCCCUUGGUGCCGCCAUGGCGCGCGUUGUGUACGAGCCCACGGCGGCAGCUGCAGCCAACCUCGAGGCGCCAGCCACCGAUCUAGAGACUCUCAGCGAAGAUGCCGACGUGGACCGGACAGUACGAGUUCCAGUCGGACGGCUGCUGCUCGGAUGCACCGCGGCCGCGGGCAUGUUGGCUUGCGUCUCCGUGUUGACUGAUUCCCAUCGGCGCGGGUUGGUGGGCAACAGGUCUCCGGACGGGGGCGAUGCUAUCUCCAAGCUGAGCGUCGACCCCGAGGUCGAAGACAGGACCGUUUGGAUCAAGUCUAAAGAGCACGACAACAUGUGUUUGUCCGUCACGGGGGGCGAGAACAAGAAUGGCGUUCCUGCCCAGAUUGAUUUUUGUGACUCCAAGGACACGAGCAUGCAGUUUCUGGUGCCCAAGUCAUCUACUGGCUCCAUCAAGUGGUACACACAUUCGGUGAAAUGUCUUCACUCGUCAGGUGGGGAGUUAAUGUGGUGGGACUGCGACGCCGACAAGGUAGACCAGCAGGUGUUCAGUAUCCCGGAGGGUAGCAGUGGACAUAUUGAACUUGCCAGCUCCUCAAGCUGCAUGGCGGUUCCCACAGGUGGCGGCGACACCACUGGGUUCUUGGAGAUGGGGGAUUGCCAAUCAGUGAAUGCGGAUUUCAUUGUGGAGGAUAUCCCUGGGAUCUGCACGUAUUCUGAGUGGUCUGAUUGGUCCGCGUGCACCGAUAAGUGCGGCGGAGGUGUGUCCGCGCGAUCCAGGGCGGUGGUCGCUCAUCAGGAGUCCGAUGAUGGUGACGAGUGCGACGGCCGCUUCGAAACUCGCAGGUGCAAGGCGCAGAAGUGUGAGGCGGCUGCUUGAUCGCCUAGCCGCAUCCUUCGCGACGGAUCGGCUGACGAAUUUCCGAUGUGACGCUUGGUGGAAGGUCGGAGGAGGAGGAGGAGAAGGAGGACGAGGCGGAGGCGGCUCGCCCCGGCCCCGGCUCGGGGGGCGGCGGAGGCGGCGGGCGAGGCUCUGCUCCGGGGCGCCGCACGGGCCGUGCGGCACCGCCACACGGCGGCCGCAGCGCGGGCUGGAAGAGCGCACGGCCCGCCCCGGCCAGAGGCCGGGGAGCGGACGGGCAGGCGACCAAGAGGGGGCUUCGGGCGAAUCGGCCCGGGCGAAUUCAGAAUUUACGACCUCCUGGCAUGCGCCGGUGCACGAGGCAGGAUCGUAGGCUCCGCGGCCUCGCGGGUGCCGGGCCCCUGGCCCGCGGCCCCGCGGAGGAAGGCCAAAGGACGCCUACCGCAUUGUGAUGAUGCACGGGCUGCCUGGAGCCAUGCAGGAGACGCUGGGCAGCAAAUGUAUCUAGCCACAGCGCGUCUUCACCUCCCGCUGUGCAA